AUGGUUCGAUAUUCACGUACUGUCGAAAAUCCAGCUAAAUCAUGCAAAGCUCGAGGUGCUUAUUUACGUGUUCAUUUCAAAAAUACACGUGAGACAGCAAAUACACUUCGACGUAUGACCGUACGACGUGCCACACGUUACUUAAAAAACGUCAUUAACAAAAAAGAAAUCGUUCCAUUCAAACGAUACAACGGUGGUGUUAGUCGCAAGGCUCAAGCUAAAGUUUUCAAAGUCUCUCAAGGACGAUGGCCAAAGAAAUCCGCUGAGAUCCUCUUACAAUUAUUAAAAAAUGCCGAAUCCAACGCCGAUGUGAAAGGUUUGGAUGUCGAUCAUCUCGUUAUCGAUCAUAUCCAAGUGAAUCGUGCACCAAAAAUUCGUCGUCGAACAUACCGUGCUCAUGGUCGUAUCAAUCCAUACCAAUCAUCACCAUGCCACAUUGAAUUAAUCCUUAGUGAAAAAGAAAACGUGUUGACACGCACUGGUGGCGCCAUUGAUGACGAACCAGCUGCCAAGAAGAAAGAAUCGAAAAAGAAACUUAAACGACAAAAGAUGAUGAAUCGAGAAUAA